CGAGAAGGAGAAAGAGUCAGGAAGGGGUCGGGCAUGUUGGAAACAGGUUAUUAAUUGGCUGGCGAGUAGGAUCCUUCUUAGAUGUUGUCUAACAACCUACCUUACCCAUCAUCUACCUUCCGCUCUGAACAAUGGAUCUAUUCGACAACGAGGCAAGGGCAAAGCAGUGUGUGUGGUUCUGAAUGUUUGUGGUUCUGGAUGUGUGUGGUUCUGGAUGUGUGUGGUUCUGGAUGUGUGUGGUUCUGGAUGUGUGUGGUUCUGGAUGUGUGUGGUUCUCGAUAUGUGUGGUUCUGGAGGUGGGUGAGGUUUAAUUCAUUUUCGUUUUCGUUUCCGCCUCGUUUUCGACAACGAGGGUUAGGGUAGGUUAAUUUAGUUCGAGUUUAAAAUUGCGCGCCAAGACUUGCUCUGUCCGAGACCACGCUGAAACUUGUGGGGUCUGGGAAUUUGGUAACCCCGACGGGCUGUCGGUGCCCACGGCCAUCUCG